AUGGUGGCCUCGAAGCGUUACGUGCUCGCCGGGCUCCUGGCGCAGGCCUCGGCCCAGGGAUGCCCCUAUGCCGCCGCCGCCGCCGCCGCCAACAAGCGGGAUAUCUUGGCCGUGAGGGCCGACGAGCCGUCGCUAGACACGCUCGCCCACUCGUUCGGCAAGUGUGCGCAGCUCAGCGACGCGGCCGGCGGAGGGACGAGGAGCCGCGACUGGUGGCCGUGCCAGCUGAGGCUGGACGUGCUGCGCCAGUUCUCGCCCGAGCAGAACCCGUUGGGGGCCGACUUCGACUACGCUGCCGCUUUUGCUACGCUGGACUAUAACGGACUCAAGGCCGACCUCAAGGCGCUGCUGACGCAGUCGCAGGCUUGGUGGCCGGCCGACUUUGGCAACUAUGGCGGUCUGCUCAUUCGCAUGGCCUGGCACAGCGCCGGCACUUACCGCAUCGUCGACGGGCGGGGUGGCGGCGGCAUGGGCCAGCAGCGGUUCGCCCCGCUCAACAGCUGGCCCGACAACGCCAACCUGGACAAGGCGCGGCGCCUGCUGUGGCCCAUCAAGCAGAAGUACGGCAGCGCCAUCUCGUGGGCCGACCUGAUGAUCCUGGCCGGCAACGUUGCGCUCGAGACCAUGGGCGUCCCCCUGCUUGGCUUCGGCGGCGGCCGCGUCGACACCUGGCAGUCGGACGAGAGCGUCUACUGGGGCAGCGAGACCACCUUCGUGCCCGAGGGCAACGACAUCCGCUACAACGGCAGCACCGACUACGCCGCGCGCGCCAGCCGCCUGCAGGAGCCGCUCGCCGCCACCCACAUGGGCCUGAUCUACGUCAACCCGGAGGGCCCCGACGCGACCGGCGACCCCAAGCUGGCCGCCCUGGACAUCCGCACCGCCUUCGGCCGCAUGGGCAUGAACGACUCGGAGACCGUCGCCCUGAUCGCCGGCGGCCACGCGUUUGGCAAGACGCACGGCGCGUCGGGCACAGCCCUCGGUCCUCCACCGGAAGCAGCGCCCCUCGAGGCCCAGGAUCUCGGCUGGUACAACAGCUUCGGCACUGGCAACGCCGACGACACCAUCACCAGCGGAACGGAGGUUAUUUGGUCCAAGACGCCCACGAGAUGGAGUAAUGGCUUCCUGAACAGCCUCUUCAAGAACGAGUGGACGCUGGUUAAGAGCCCGGCCGGCGCCCUCCAGUUCGAGGCGCUCAACGGCACGCGCGACUACCCCGACCCGUUCAACAAGACCUUCCGGCGCCCCACCAUGCUGGUCACCGACCUGGCCCUGCGCGAGGACCCCACCUACAGAGCCAUUGCCGAGAAGUGGGUGGAUGACUUCCAGGGCCUCACCGAUGCCUUCGCGGCCGCUUGGUUCAAGCUCACGCACCGCGACAUGGGCCCCGUCUCGCGCUACCUCGGGCCCGAGGUGCCCAAGCAGCGCUUCAUCUGGCAGGAUCCGCUGCCCGAGGCGAAGUACCCGCCCAUCAGCGAGGCCGACCAGGAGGUGCUCAAGGCGCAGAUCCUGAAGGCGCCCGGCGUGAACGUGUCGAGCCUCGUGGCCGUCGCCUGGGGCUCCGCCUCGACCUUCCGCGGCGGCGACAAGCGCGGCGGGGCCAACGGCGCGCGCAUCGCCCUCGAGCCGCAGGUCUCCUGGGAGGUGAACAACCCGAAGCAGCUGCGGGUUGUCCUGGAUGCCUUAACCGACAUCAAAGACGCCUUCAACAAAAAGUCGCGCACCACCCAGGUCUCCCUGGCGGACCUGAUCGUCCUGGCCGGCAACGCAGCCAUCGAGUCCGCCAUCCCGGCCACCACCAAAGCCAAAGUCAAAGUCCCCUUCACCCCCGGCCGCGUGGACGCGACGCAGGCCGACACCGACCCAGCGAGCUUCGCCUACCUCCUGCCGCAGGCCGACGGCUUCCGCAACUGGCGCAACGCGAGCGCCGGCGGCGCCUGGGCGCUCGCCAGCACCGAGGCGCUGCUGGUCGACCGCGCGCAGCAGCUGACGCUGACCGCGCCGGAGCUGGUCGCGCUCGUCGGCGGGCUGCGCGCGCUGGGCGCCGUCUGGGACAACUCCGCGCGGGGGGUGCUCACGGCGCGGCCUGGCACGCUGACGAAUGAUUUCUUUGUGAAUUUGUUGGAUAUGGAGACCGUGUGGACCGCCGACGAGGGCAGCGGCGGCGAGCUGUUUACCGGGCGCGACAGGGCGACCGGGAAGGUGCGCUGGCAGGCUACGAGGGCGGAUCUGGUUUUUGGUGCGCAGGCCGAGUUGAGGGCGAUUGCGGAGGUGUAUGCCGAGGCGGGCGGGCAGGAGAGGUUGGUGGCGGACUUUGUGAAGGCGUGGGCCAAGGUGAUGGAUCUGGAUCGGUUUGAUGUCAAGAAGAAGUAG